GAUGGCUCGCGGCAUGAUGAUUGUAGAAGACAAUCCGGAUGUGUCCCAUUGGACCUUUGACAGAGAUUAUGAUCAACUGUUUAACAAAAAGAAUGACGAAUACCCACGUCGCAUAAGUGCCUUAUAUGAACGUACAUUUCAGAUUGCAUUCAAAGUGCACCGUCAUGACAAUGAGAAAAUGUGCAAAGGUAAUGAUCAAUGGUUCAAAGUGACAUUGACACCACCGGGCGAGGUAAUUUCAAUGUCACGUAAUGCUUUCCGUGUUCCAAUCGGAGCUGAAUCCAUAAUCACAAUCAAACCCAAGCUCACUCAUACAUCGGAAGGACUACGGAACUAUGAGCCGAAUCAACGCAAAUGCUUUUAUCAGCAUGAACGACAGCUACGUUUCUUUAAAAUUUACUCCGAACGUAACUGUGAGGAGGAGUGUCUGUCUAACUUCACAAAAAUCGAAUGCGGAUGCGUUAAAUUCUCAAUGCCAAGAGAUAAAGAAACAAAAAUCUGUGGUGGUGCAAACAUCAAGUGUUACGAGUCGGCUGAAAGAAAACUACUGGCUGCUGUUUCAGCAAGUGUUAAAUCAUACCGUGACCAAUGCAAUUGUUUGCCGUCAUGCCGUUAUACCCAGUAUAAUCCAUCAAUUGAUAGAAUCAUGUUCAAAACCGAUGAAAUAUCAUCGAAUGGGAAAAUGGUAAUGUUAACCAUUAAAUUCAAGGACUAUCAGUUACUAGAUGUUGAAAAGCGAACGGAAUUAUACACAAACUCGGAUUUUCUAUCGGUUUGUGGUGGUUUGCUUGGAUUAUUCAUGGGCAUAUCAGCCCUCAGCAUUAUCGAACUGAUUUACUUUGCUACUCUUCGUUCAUUCUGGCUCAUUCGUCGCUCGAAAUUCCAAGAUACAGUGUUAUCAAACGAAGGACAUUUCUGCAAGAUCUUUCCCGUUCAGUGGUGGUUCGAUGGGCGGUUUUCAUCAUUGAAGACAUUCAUCAAUGAAUUGUGCGACAACAGCAAUAUUCAUGGACUUCGCUAUUUUACCGAACGAUUGUUACAUUACAGUGAAAG